GGCGGGCGGCGGCGGUAGAGGGGCGGCGGCGGCGGCGGCGUGCCCGUCCCCGGAGCGGCGCGGACCAUGCUGCUGGACGCCGGCCCGCAGUUCCCGGCCCUCGGCGUGGGUACCUUCGCCCGGCAUCACCACUCGGCCGCGGCGGAGAUGCAGGACCGGGAGCUGAGCCUGGCGGCGCAGAACAGCUUCGUGGACUCGGCGGCGGCGGCGGCGCACAUGGGCGCCUUCAAGCUCAACGCCGGGGCCCACGACCUCUCCCCCGGGCAGAGCUCGGCGUUCACCUCGCAGGCUCCCGGUUAUCCCGCCGCCGCUUUGGGUCCCCACGCCGCCCACGUCGGUUCCUACUCCGGGGCUCCUUUCAACUCCACCCGGGACUUCUUGUUUCGCAGCCGGGGCUUCGGGGACUCGUCGCCGGCCGGCGGGCAGCACGGCAUCUUCGGCCCGGCUGCCGGCAGCCUUCAUCACCCGCACACGGACGCUCAGAGCCACCUCCUCUUCCCGGGCAUCCACGACCAGCACGGUCCCCACGCCUCCCAGAACGUCCUCAACGGGCAGAUGCGGCUGGGCUUACCGGGGGAGGUGUUCGCCCGGUCGGAUCAGUACCGCCAGGUCUCCAGCCCCAGGACUGACCCUUACUCGGCGGCUCAGCUGCACAACCAGUACGGCCCCAUGAAUAUGAAUAUGGGCAUGAACAUGGCAGCCCACCACCACCACCACCACCCAGGUGCCUUUUUCCGCUACAUGCGGCAGCAGUGCAUCAAGCAAGAGCUCAUCUGCAAGUGGAUCGACCCCGAGCAGCUGAACAACCCCAAAAAAAGUUGCAAUAAAACUUUCAGCACCAUGCACGAGUUGGUCACCCACGUCUCGGUGGAGCACGUUGGGGGACCCGAGCAGAGCAACCAUGUCUGCUACUGGGAGGAGUGUCCCCGGGAAGGCAAGCCCUUCAAAGCGAAAUACAAACUGGUCAAUCACAUCCGAGUGCACACGGGAGAGAAACCCUUCCCCUGCCCCUUCCCCGGCUGCGGAAAAGUUUUCGCCAGAUCAGAAAACCUCAAAAUUCACAAAAGGACGCACACAGGUAAUUCGGCUUUCUUUCGGUGGUGGUGGUGGGGGGAUGUGGAGUUCUCACCUCCAAAUUACUCCCCGGCAUUUGGAGUCCUGGCAGCCGGGCGGGAGGCAUCCCGAGGAAAAUUAAAUGAAGUAUUUCGCAGACGUUUAGUUUUCCCAGCGGAUGCGCGUUUAUCUCGAAUAUCCAUACACGAAACAAUCUGUCCGGCCUUAAAUCUCUCGGUAACGGGUUUCCAGUUUAACGGGAGAGCGGAUUCGGGAGCGGGUUGGGUUGUCAGACGUGUUCAGCGAGGGACGGAGGGGCCGCCGGGCGUUGCCUUUCCCGGGAUGCUGGUCCCCUCGGGGCUCGGCCAACGGAACCGGCCCGUUUUGGGGUCUCCGGUCACAUCACCCCCGCCGCACCGGGACACCCGUGGCGAGUGUGACAGCAGCCGGGAACUCGAGGAAAAAAACUGCUCGGCCUUGCCAAGCCACCGAAAUACGCCGAGCUCCGAGCGCCCUGCGGUGGCUGCGCUGCCUUCAGCGGCGUCUUGCGCGGGCAGGAGAGCCCUUUGCUCCUCACACCCGGCCAACCCCAUCGCCACCACCAUUCCCCAACAUCCCCCCCACACCCCGGACCAGUCGUCGGUUUGA